AUGCCCGACGUUCCCUCCCGUCCAAUGGACCCGCAUCUGCACAUAAAGGCCCUCGUCGACACGCUGGCCCCCAGGACCGCGCACCAGUACAAGCUCUACCACACCAAGUUCAUCCAGUGGUGCCGCGACAACAAGCUGCUGCGACGCGACCCCGGCGCAGACCACCCGUACCGCGACAUCGUCGUCACCGCUACCCUUGUGCAUUGCUUCGUGCUGUCCCAGUAUGUGUGCGUUUCGGACUCGCAGUUCAGCGCUUCGGUGCUCCGCAAGAUGAUCAGCGCGUUCAAGUUCCUCCACCGCGUGUGUUGCGCCUACGAGCCGGACUACCCGUAUGAGCUCGACCACGACUACCUCGAGGCCGUCGCCCGCCUGCACGUCAGCGCCUCUGCCGAAAACCCGCCCUUCUCGCCGCUCCAUCUUGUCUCGGUCAACAUGUGGACCCCGCACUCUAAUCGGCUCUCCGAGAAAUACUUCAAGGGCGGCCUGGAACGGCUGCGCUUUCUUGUCGACUUCCACGUCCAGCAGUACUGGCACCUGCCCUUUGCCGACCGCGCUCGGCUGAAGCUCGGCGACCUGCGCUUUGCCGCUGACCCCGGCAUGCUUCACGUCGUGCGCCAGGGGCAGCACGGCGCGGACGCGCCUGAAACCGUCCAACAGUUAGCGCUUCUGCCGCAGCGGGUGCCGUGGAUCUGCCCUCUUGUGAGCCUGGCCGCCUAUCUCUAUCUCAGAUUCUACGGCGCACCCAAGGCCUACAAGGGCGACGGCUUCCCAGAUCUUUUAGGCGCCGAUGAGUGGGCCUUCCUUCCCAUGGUCCGCGGAAAGUCGCUUGACAAGUAUCCGCGCGAGGAGACUAUGACCAAUUACUACGCACACGUCUUCCGCCACUGCCACCUUCCUUACAAGAGGCGAGAGUACUUCUACAACAAAAGUGUCGACUACUGCCAAUACCCCGAGAUACGACGCACGGAAUUGGACCAGCUGCAGGAGAUCGCGCCCGCCCAGCAGCGCGAGCUUUUCCCACACUUGAUCCCGCUCGACUUUUUAAGACACAUGAACCACUUUCCGGUCUACGAGCCACCCUCCGAGAACCACUACGCAGACUUGGCGAACGUGCCAAAGUCUCUUCUCGUUCAGGUGUUCCCUGAGAUCGAAGAGUACAAGAGAAGCUCGAUACCUCUGGGUGAGCAGGCGCAGCACUUCAUUGAUGCUCUCCAGCUCUUGAGAAGUGCGUUGGUUUCAGCCCUUCCACUCUUUUACCACUUCUUUCCGGAGCACGACCUGUUCAAAGACCCUAUGUUCCAGAACGCGGAGUUCCAGGGCUAUUUCCACCAAAAAAUAGAGCAACUGCGCGCCACCGACCAGCUUCAAAGCUAUGAUCCUGCUGCUUUCGGGCUGGUCGAAGCCGAACGGGAUUUUGCUGCUCCAUCUCAACCGCCUCAGGCUCUCAAUGUUCCCCCUAGCGCUGACACGCAAGACCUGCAAAUCUAUCUCCGUGAUCAAACUUUCCGCAUGGUCCAGUUCCAGACAACUUCCAAUUUUCACCUGCUUCUCCAGUCUCUGAGCCGCAUCUUUGAGAAGCUGGAGACCAAAAAGAGCAAUCGUGAAUAUAUCAUUCACCAGCUAGGAUCCCUGGAGCAGACCCUGCAAGACCAGAUCGCUGCGAGUAAACCUCAAGAUGUUAAAACAGAAGAGGAAACAAGCAGCAGCUCCACAAAUGGCCCCAAACAAGAAACACGAGAAUCACUUCCUGCUGGAAAACUCUCUAGGCCAGCCGUAUUCGAUAGCGAUGCCGAAGAUGACGAUGACUACAAGGAGGAGGACGAUAACGAAGACAACGACGACGAAGUGGACCCUAACUUGCAAAAUGAGCUACAGGCGCUUGUUUCUCAAGUCAUGGACACUAGGUUCAAAUCUGCUGUGGAACAGCAAACUGCUCAAAUUGAACGCCAUGUCCAGAGCUUAAUAAGCGCCCAAGUCAAAGAGGAGGUCCGCAAGCAACUUGCCCAUUUGCUCAAUCAGCAAUCCUCUACUCCAACCCCGCAACCCUCGCAGCAACCUGUGACCAUAGCGCCCAAGCGCCCACGAGAAGAGCAGGAGCCACCCUCCACCGCAGGAGAGUCUACUUUCGCGAUGUCCCCUCAGUUGACUAGUAUUGAAGAUAUUAUACUGGAGUGGUUUACCCCAAAUCCUGAGCAGGGAAAUGAAUGUGUCCACACCAUGAACAAGAAAUUUGGCAAAACUUGGAGAGCGGGCUCCCAGGAAGCGACCCACUUGUACAAACAACGCAAACUCAUCAUUGAGUUCUACAUAUGCCUGGUAAAUCAGCGCCAGAUGGAUCGUUACGAGGCCGUUGCGGUUUGCGAAAAGCUGAGAGACAACGCGUCUAUCCAAGAGUUCAGUAACAUGCUUAAAAGCUGGAAAAAGGGCCACAACAACUCUUUCGACGGUCUGGGGUGA